UAGAGUCGUCUUCCUGGUCGUUGCGUGGUCAUAACUCCAGUUCAUCUCCCAGUGUUGCUGAGCGUUCUAGACUGACCCUGAGAGCCGACGGCAGCGGUGGGAGCAUUCGGCGGAAACUAAGAACCCCCGUACAACACACACCCGCCUCUCCUCGUAGCCUCUCCCCCCAGGCUACUGUCCACCUGAAUGGUCACAGGAGUCAGGUGACAGCGGGCUUGCUCACAGGGCGUAGAGGGCAGAGACCUAGAGCGGUGACUCCUGACCCCAGCCCCGCCCCCAGGGGUCGCCCACCUGGCAGGAAGUCCAAACAGGAAGUAGAGGUCAUGAGGAGGAGGGGUCUCUGGCAAAGCUCCACCCCCGAGGACGAGCUUGACCAAUCCACGGGCGACGAGGGUGGGACUUCAUCCUCCGCCCAGGAAUCGACCGGGCUGUCAGACUUAGGGGCGGGACUUCCAGGAACGCUACGCCGACGCGGUAGGCCGAGACUCAUUAGGACAGAAGAAGUCCCUCCCCCUUCUAGCCCUGACCCUUCCCCACUGAGGAGGAGCAGUCGGCGCAUCAAUGACGAGACCACUCCUCCCGCCCAGGCUCUGCAACAAUCGCGGCGCGUGAGGGACUCGCCAGUGGAUGACGAAAUCAUCAAUGUGAAGGAAGGGGAGGAGCUGGGACAGGAAGGGGAUGGGUCGGCGGGUUCGAUGCGUACGCGUAACCAGGGGCGGCGGACGGCAUGCUACACGGAGGAGGAGGAGGAGGGACAGCUCCUGUUUGAAGACUCCUCCCUCACCUUCGGCACUUCCUCCAAGGGGCGUGUCCGCAAGCUCACAGAGAAGGCCAAGGCCAACCUCAUCGGCUGGUAACCACUGCAACCAACCACACCUGGUAAACACAACAAACACCAAACCACGCCUUUAUUAUUAUGGGCCGGAAGCCAAGACAACAACGCAGUCAUUACAAUGGACUGGUAACCAAGACAACCAGACCCCUCUCACGUACAGACCAGAGGAGAAGAGGUGAUUGGUUAGACUGGCCGACUAUGCCACGCAGCUGUGAGCUCAUUGGUAGGAGAGCAGAGGCCRCCCUGGGGCGCUGGGGGGAGAAGGCUGCUCUUGGUCUAUCCCCGUCCUGUGUGUGUGGGUUUAUGGGAGAGCACUCCCCCUCCCAUAGACGACGCUGAGACUCCUCUCUCAUUGGUCCUUGGAGGACGUAUCCCACGAGUACUUUCUCUCCUGUGGGGUUUGGACCGUCUCCUGACCUCAGAACCACAUGAUCAUGCAGUGUGUCUCUGAGGGAACGCUUCCUGUGUUUCGUGUUCGACCGUGUUCUGACCGUGUUCUGACCGUAGCCCGACCGUGUUCUGACCGUAGCCCGACCCUGUUCUGACCGUGUUCUGACCGUAGCCCGACCCUGUUCUGACCGUAGCCCGACCGUGUUCCGACCGUGUUCUGACCGUAUUCUGACCGUAGCCGCGACCGUGUUCUGACCGUGUUCCGACCGUGUUCCGACCGUUUCUGACCGUGUUCUGACCGUAGCCCGACCGUGUUCUGACCGUGUUCCGACCGUGUUCUGACCGUA